UCAAUCCAGCAUUUUGCGCCUAUCCUUCUCCCCGAGUGCAGCCAUCCAGCGACUCGCCCAAGUUCGCUGAUCGUUUUGGAUUUGCGCUGUGCACCAGUCGCAAAGAAUCCGUUCUUAUUUUCACAACCUCUUGGUGUAGUCGUUUCUCCUAGCUGAAAGGACAUGAGCUUAGCGUGAGGCGAAGCCGCACCAUCGUGGUCGACUUGCGGUUGUACCCAGUGGCUCGUGGCGAGAAGUUCGGUCAAAGGCGGAAAGCGGACCAAACAAGGCGAGUGUGGUGGAAGUGUUGGUGGUGCGGACUGUCGGAGGGAGCGAAGUGCACAAUGAUCGUCCUGAGGUGGAUCGCGAACAGCGAUGUGAUGGACGCAAGCGCACUGCUAUUCGGCGUUCUUACGGCAGCGUUGCUUGUUUCGGUCGACGCUGAAACGGCUCACUACGAUGUGGUAAACCCUAUUGUAACGAAAGGUCCGGACGACAGUUUGUUCGGCUACAGUGUAGCACUGCACACAAACGGAAAUCAGAAAUACGCCAUUAUUGGUGCACCGCGGUCAGAAGUUUUCCCGGCCGUACAGCGUGUGAGGGGCGUCUCCAGGCCAGGUGCAGUCUACAAAUGCCCGCUGAUGUCGGCCUCCACAUCCAUAGGGCCCUGCCAACAGAUUGCGGUGGACUCCUUGCCUGAUCGCAAGCACAGAAAUGGAUCCAAGGUAGAGAUCAAGUCAAACAUGCGCCUAGGCACAACGGUUAUGAGCGAAGGCAGCGAUGGCAGAGUAGUGGUCUGCGCUCCGUCCUACAAAACAGUUUGGUUCUAUCGACUUGGAGGCCGCUUCUCUAAAGGCCAGGAGCUGGAUGAUGCAGUCGGUCGCUGCUUCAUACUACCCAAAGACCUCAGCACAGAGCAGAUUGUGCGCUUUUCGCCGUGCGACAACAUUCCACAUUACGUCAAGUUCUUGCCUGGCCUGCUUAACACAUGGUUGCGAUUCUGCUUGGUUGGAACAUCAAUCGACAUUACCAAGGGCCCUAACAAUCGAAACCAAAUGGUGUUGGGCGCGCCGGGAAGACAACUUGGUGUUGGUCAAAUCUGGACUGGCGACCUGGGUCUUGGGAACGUCCCUCCGUUCACAAGUGGCAUUCUGCAUGCUGACAAUGUCGACAACUACACUGGCAUGGCCGUUGCCCAGGCAGAUUUUGAUGGUGAUAACGAACUGGAGGUUGCUCUCUCACAGCCAAUGUACGGUGUACGCAAGGAGGGUGGGGUUCUCAUCGUACCCGCUCAAGCCAGAAUUGGACCAAUAACAGACCACCGAGUCCGUUCCAAAAUGGAAUACGUUCACAUAGCCGGUGCUUUCAUGGGCGAAAACUUUGGCUACUCGAUGUGUGCUGUGGAUGUCACAAAUGAUGGAAUUCCGGAGCUGUUUGUUGGAGCACCGCUAGCUCGAUCCAGCUCCGUAUCGAGAUCAGUUUUCGAGAAUGGUCACGUCUACGUCUUCUCUGGACAAGCCAUAAGAGCGGCUGUCACGCUAGGAAAGAAGAGUAACCCUGCAACUAUCCUGAACGCAUCCUCGGCCGCUCGUACCCUACUUGGAGAAGCACAAGCCUGGUUUGGUGCUGCGGUCUCUUCUCUAGGAGAUAUCAAUGCGGAUGGAUUCAAUGACGUAGCUGUAGGUGCACCGUAUGAGACGAUUGAUGGCAAGCAGCAGGGAGCGGUCUACAUCUAUCUAGGAGCUGCCGACGGAUUGCGCACGCAGUUCAUCCAGAAGAUCAGCGCCGUGGAGAUGACGAUGAAUGCGUUCGAAGGCCUGGGCUUCUCGCUAGGCAGAGGUCUGGACUUUGAUGGAAACUCCUACAAUGACUUGGUCAUGGGCUCACCAUUCACAUCUCAAGCCAUUGUCUUGCGAGCCAGACCAACGGUCGCGGCGAGCUUCGACAUUGCCAGUCGGAGCGAGAGUGCAGGAAACUGUUUUGUUGGUGGGACAACUGUGCGAUGUGUCAACAUCUCUAUCUGCGGCACACUGACAUCGGGUGUCCUGCGUCAUGGAAGAGCAACGUAUAAUGUUGACGUCCGCACAUCCUCCGUCCUGAGCUUCGAUCCGCAGAAUGCGUUCAUUGACGAGGGCACAGUCACGGUGACACUUCGUAAUACCAGCCCUGGACAGCGACAGCAAUGCCGCUUGCAAUCUCUUUAUCUCACCUCCAACAAUAAGAUAUGUUCCUCCACCAGUGUUACAUUGGUCUCUUGGGCGCUGAAGUCAGAGGACAGCACCCCGGAAGAGCUGACAGCCAUUGAGAAUCUGCCAGUUCCCGAUCAGCAAGAGAAAAUCAUAGAGGUUGAUCUGGUAACCCAGUGUCCAACGUGCACUCCAGAUCUCAAAGUUGAUGGAGUCACUCUUACUGGCAUGGGUGGCGAACAGCGAAUUGUGAUUGGACGGAACAGACAGGUUCGGCUGAGUGCCAGCAUCACUAACGUAGGCACAAAGGAGGUCUGCACGGGCACGGUUACUGUCUUCUUAGGUGAUCACCUUUCAUUUGGUUCUCUGGAGAAUGGAGAUUCGCGAAGGUGUCGUGAGGACAAUGAAGCACGCACAGUCACUUGUCUAUUGCCUCCAGGACAAGCGAGAAAUGUUGCGACUGACUUCAAAUUUGUGCUCAACGUACCCAAGGACUUAGACUCCAACACUCGAGACAUUGCUGUUCGUGUCGGUGCAUCACCUGAUGCACGUCAGGAUGCUGAUCUCGACAGUGCAACCAUGCAGUCUAUUAGUGUUGUCCGACGGGCGUCCAUUGAAGUUUCAGCGGAAGCAACGAGCAGUCAGCUAGAACUUAAGCAAAAUGUUCCACCUAAGCCUCAAAUCAAGGAUCUCGGACCGGAGCUGAAGCAUGAUUUCAGGGUCAACAAUGUUGGACCUAGCCAAGUUCCUUCCUCUGAUGUUUUCAUUGAGUGGCCAGCAUCUCUGAAGACAGGCACAUAUUUACUGUACCUGACCUCUGUGACUAGCAGCGACAGCAACACUAGGUGUAAUGCCAGCCAGCUGAUUAACCAUCGGAAUUACGCGUCGGCAACUUCAACAUCAGCCACCAACGUUGCACAGUUCACGUCUGGUCCAAAAGCCUUGCCAUACAACUCUGCUCGAAAGUGUACUCGCCCGGGGCUGGUCUGCUUCAUCGGUAUCAUGUGUGAGAUUCCGGAAAUGGCUGCCGGGGCUGCCACGGUCGUCUCGCUUACAUGGCGAGUGUACUCCAGCCUUACGGAAGACGAACGGCUCGAGUACCCGAUUACUGCUAACUCAUCCAUCAAGUUGCUGGGAAUUGAUACUGCUCCAGGAUUCACUAAAGAGGAGUCAAAGAGACCGAUGGCGAUGACCACCACAACUCUCUUCGCAGUCUUUGAGCCUCUGAAGGAAGGUGUCAAGUGGUGGGUGAUUCUGUUGGCGGUGCUGGCUGGCGUCUUCAUCCUGGCUCUGUGCAUUCUUAUACUGUGCAAGUGUGGAUUCUUCAAGCGCAAACGCCCACCAAGUGACUGAGACAUUGCUAAACGUCACAGCCUUGACGCUGAGGAGCAUGUGCGCGCUCGUGCCGGCUUGUGUGUGUGUGUGUGUGUGUGUGUGUGUGUGUGUGUGUGUGUGUGUGUGUGUGUGUGUGUGUGUGUGUGUGUGUGUGUGUGUGUGUGUGUGUGUGGUGUGUGUGUGUGUGUGUGUGUGUGUGUUUAUGUGCACAUGUGCAGGUGUGUACGUAUGGAUAUAUGUGCCUAAUCAUGAUUGUGUGCCUAGUUCAACAAUAGCAUGUGCAAUGGUCUUUUCAUGGAGUACACACAUGUGCAUACAUUUAUAUAAUAGCAUUAUGGUAACAUGUAAUAAGAAGAUGUCCCUGCCAUAGCCUACACCUUGCAACUCCCUCUGUGAGUGCCUGCACUGCUGUGCAUUGUAGCCUGAUUGCUGCACCUUGUGUCUGCCAGCUAGCUAUAAAGCUAACCCACAUGAAUUCUUUUUGAAGAAUUCGUGAGUAAGCUGUUUUAAACACACCUGAAGACAGGUGUGACCAAGCCAGGGGUUGGAGAGUUAGUGGUCUCCUGCUGUUCCAGACUCUGGCUAGCUCACGUGAAGUGAGUGCUAUUCACAAUAAUUAUUUCAAGUACUUUGAAGUAUGACUUCUAAUAAUUGUAUUGGGGAUUUGGUCUUUAACCCACUUUGCUGGUGGGUAUGAUCUAUACUCACCUCCCACUGCUUUAGGAGCUGCAUCCGCUCCUCGAUACUUGAGGGUGGUGGCGCUCCUAAAGCUGGUAGCCCCCUAGCUCCAACCGUGAACUUUCUCUCUCUCAUUGCAACCACUGGCCAGUGUGAAACAUGGUUGUCAGAGGUGUUGGGAGCCUUUCCAUCCAGUUACUUUCCACAUUAUGUACAUACUGUUUUCUGAAUAUCUCCUAAAAAAUA